UCCGCAAUGGAGAAGAGGGAAGGUGAUAAUUGUACUAUUGAUCCGAACACAGCUCAAAGCAUCAAGCCAAGAAGAAAUACAGGAAAUCUUAGCAACUUGAACGUGGAUAUGCAAGUCACCAAUAUACCAGAAGCAGCUGCACUUUUUAGUGUACAUCAAGCACACCAUUUUGGUGAGUUUGAAUACUCCCCAGAACAGCACUGCGAGCAGGAUCUAUUCCCCAAUUGGCACCUGCCAAUGAAGAUAGCAUCUGUGAUCUCAUUCUUAAUGUUCAUUUACACAUCUCUGAGAGACGUCAUAUAUCCUUUUAUAACCAGAAAAGAAAAUGCUUUCUAUAAAAUACCAAUUCUCGUAAUAAACAAAGUUCUACCAGUGGUUUCAAUUACCCUCUUAGCACUGGUAUACUUACCAGGAAUAUUAGCUGCUGGUUUCCAGCUGUACUUUGGCACCAAGUACAAAAGGUUUCCCCAGUGGCUGGAUAGAUGGAUGUUGUCAAGAAAACAAUUUGGACUUMUCAGUUUCUUCUUCGCCACAAUGCACGCCUGCUAUAGCCUAUGCUAUCCAAUGAGAAGAUCAUACAGAUACAAGCUGCUGAACUGGGCAUUCCAGCAGGUCCAACAAAAAAAAGAAAAUGCUUGGAUUGAACAUGAUGUUUGGAGAAUGGAAAUUUAUGUGUCUCUAGGAAUUCUGGGACUUGCUUUGCUGGCGUUAUUGGCAAUAACAUCAAUUCCGUCUGUCAGUCACUCAUUGACCUGGAGAGAGUUCCACUACAUCCAGAGCAAGAUGGGAUAUUCAGCUCUGCUGCUAUGCACAGUUCACGCGUUGGUGUUUGCUUGGAAUAAGUGGGUUGAUGUUAACCAAUUUAUCUGGUACACACCACCUUCAUUUAUGGUAGCAGUUUUUCUUCCUAUCCUAGUCCUGCUCUGUAAAUGCAUACUGCUCCUCCCAUGUUUUAGGAGGAGGAUACAAAAGAUCAGGUCUGGCUGGGAAGCUAACACACAAACCAAUCAAACCAACAUGACUUCCAGAUUGUAA